AUGAGUUUCAAGCCACAAAGAGGUACAGUCCACGAAUACGCCUCCAGGCUCACCGCAUUCGAGUUUGACCACGGUGAUAAAGAAUCUCCUAAUGCCAUCAUCUUUAUCGGUGGUCUUGGUGAUGGAUUGUUAACUGUUCCUUAUGUUCCAACAAUCAAUGAAAAAAGUUUACCUGAUGGCUGGUCCAUCUUUCAAAUCCAUAUGAGCUCAUCAUAUAUCGGCUGGGGUACUGGAUCUUUGGAUCGUGAUAUUAAAGAGAUUGGAUUACUGGUUAAAUAUUUGAGAACAAAGUUGAAUAAGAAAAAAGUUAUCUUGUUUGGUCAUUCCACUGGGUGUCAAGAUUCUAUUCACUAUUUGCUAAAUAGAGGGAGUGAUAUUGAUGGUAUUGUUUUACAAGCACCAGUUUCUGAUAGAGAGGCUAUGGUUAUGGGAUUUGAAGAAGCUGGAAAGAGUCUCACUGAAUUCAACCAUGAAGCGAGAUAUGUUUAUGAAAAACAUGGUCCAGAUGCCCUUUUACCAAAGAAGUUUUCAAAAGAGUUCUUUGGUGCUCCAAUUAAUGCUUAUAGAUGGAUUUCUUUAUCUGAAGCAGGUGGAGAUGAUGAUUAUUUUUCAAGUGAUUUAGCAGAUUCACAAUUGAAGGAAACUUUUGGUAAAAUUGAUAAACCUUUAUUAGUACUAUAUUCAGGAUCUGAUGAGUUCGUUCCCCCAAAGAUCAACAAAGAAGCUGUUGUUGAACGAUACAAAUCAUUUACCGAUCCAAAAUACUGGUCAAAAUAUGGUGGGCUCGUUAAAGGAGCUGCUCAUAAUGUCGGACCUCAGUCAGAGCCUGGUGCUGUUGACAUACUUGUUGAAAAAGUCAAGGGUUUUCUUUCAGAAUUUUAUUAA